UUGCAUAGAUUUCUCAGUUAGGCUAUUGUUACUGAGUUCUGACUAAUGGGGAAGUGGAAAAAAGGGAAAAAACUAUUAACAUUUUUUUUUUAACAAGUUUUCACACACAGUUCUCCCUCCAUUCAGUGUAGAAGCAUCAGCUUGAGCUCUGAGAGGAUUUCCGUCAUCUUCAACUCUCUUCUCUGGUGGAGUGCAUGUAAAUGAUGGAAACACUGGUGACGUUCCUCUUUACUGGAUCUCUGAUACAAGGUGGUUUUUGUGGCUUCAGUAUCAAUCUGCCAAAGAGAGUAGAAGCUCUAGAAGGAUCCUGUGUUUUCAUACCCUGCGCAUUUGGUAUUGACGAAAUAAAAUAUAAAAAUGACCUUACUGAUAGUGCAAAGAGAAUGUGGUUUAAAGGCAAUAUCCUCCAGUUUGCCUCCAGCUGCCCCAACACUGGACUGUUAAAAGGAGAAAUAUUUGGCACUGCUACACAGAAAAACUGCAGCACACGCUUCGAUAAUGUCAAUCAGAGUCAUGAUGGGUCAUAUUACUUCAGACUUGAAGACUUAAAAUUGAAAUAUAGCUACAAAGACCCUCCACACACCCAAGUUGAAAUUGCCGUCUUAGGAUCUCCACCCAAACCCACAGUGAGAGUCUUUAAGGAUCAGCAGGAGGUGAUGGAGACGGAGGAGGUGAUGGAGGGAAGUUCAGUGAGUCUGCGCUGCUCUACUAAGAUCUUCUGUCCGUCUCAUCCACCAUCUCUCACAUGGAGCUCAUCUCUCAAUGAGAACGUCACAGGACGGCAGUAUCAGAACCAAACUGAGCUCAUCUCUGAUCUGAACUUCACUGUUUCUCACCGUCAUCACGGAGUCACUUUCAACUGCUCUUCAACACGCCAGCUACAGAAGAAGAACACAACACAAGAGUCCCGUGUGCUACGAGUUCAGUAUGCUCCUAAAAACACAUCAGUGAGGAUAAACCCAGCUGGUUUAGUUCUGGAGGGUCGUUCAGUGACUCUGAGCUGCAGCAGUGAUGCAAACCCAGCAGUGAACUACACCUGGUACAGAGACACUGAAGAACUCCUGAAACCAGUUCAGACCGGAGCAAACCUGACCAUCAACAACACUGACCCGACACACAGUGGACGAUACUACUGUAGAGCUGAGAACAAACACGGCACUCAGAACACAUCAGUGCUGCUGGACGUCCAGUAUGCCCCAAAAAACACAUCGUUGUCAGCGUUUCCCUCCAGCUCAGUGAUGGAGGGCAAACCAGUGACUCUGAACUGCAGGACUGAUGCAAACCCAGCAGAGCUCAACUACACCUGGUACAGAGAGACUGGAUCUCAAUUUGAGCUCCUCCAGACUGGAUAUAAUCACACCUACAUCGUGACAAACCCUACACACGGCGCAUGGUAUGGCUGUAAUGCUCAAAACCAGCAUGGCCAACACAAUGCAAAAUUUCAACUGGAUGUUCAGUCUGCACCCAAAAUCUCCAGCUCUUGUAGCCGAAACAGUGUAAUCGCGUGUGUCUGUGAGGCUCAUGGGAAUCCCUGCCCUACACUAGAGUGGCGUCUGUCUGGACAUGUGCUCGCUAACUCUACAGAAACCUCCAUCAGUGAGGAGACGCUAGGAAGCACAGGAGUGAAGAGCGUCCUGACCACCCGUCAGUCCCUCACAGACACGGACGUCCUGCAGUGUUUCAGCUCAAACACUUACGGCAGAGCGAGUCAACAGUUUCAAGCCACCCCAACGCCACAAGAGACAAGUUUCCAACUUCUGUCGGUGCUGCUCGGAGCUGCUGUCGGCGCGUCAGUGAUGAUGAUCGUGUGCAUCGUGAUGCUCUGCUGUGAACGAAGAAGGAAAGAAAAACCUUCAGAAACCAGACAAGACGACACAUCUGGACUCAUUCUGACUCAAACAGCCGUUGCUCUGGAUAAUGACGGCCAGUUUGUUUACGGCAAUAAAGGCAUGCUGUCAUCCACCGCACCGAGUUCACCAGAAUCUCUUCAUUAUUCCUCCAUCGACUUCACAAACACUGAACCACCGUCAGGAGAGAUCACGGGCAUCGCCUCGCUGACCAGUGAAUACGCUACGGUCCGACACCGUCCUGCAGGAGCCACAGACACAGAGAACAACACCUCAACAUCUGAGACAGAGCCCAAAAAACAAGACAUGACAGCAGAGAUCACAGACACCUCAUCACCGGCAUCAGAAGACGUGAUUUAUGAAAACACGAGCCAUCGCUACAGACAGAAGGAACUGUUAAUUUACUAGGGAAUGAGUAUGAUUCAGGAAAAGCGCCAAAGCCACAAGAAAGUAAGCCUGCAACCAGAGAUUAUCAUACUAUAGACCAGGGGUGUCAAACUCAUUUUGGUCUGGGGGCCGCAUACAGCUUAAUCGGAUCUCAAGGGGGCCAGACCAGUAAACUCAUAGCAAAAUUACAUAGAACUAACAAUAAGUCCACUUUUUUUCUUUGUAUUAGUGCAAAGAAGAAGUAAAUUAUAAAAAUCUUUAUAUUAAAUGAAUUGUCCUUUUACAAAAUAUAUUAUGAACAACCUAGUAUGUGCAAUUUCAACAACACUAUUACUCAGUUUCACAUUUAUUUAAGUGCAUUAUGCAUAACAACUGAUCACAGUUAUUGUACAAUGUCGCAAAACAUUUAGUCACAGUUUUGUUGAACUUAAAAACACUCUCCUGCAUGUUAACAAAAAAAAAAAAUCAAUUUUCCAAUUCUGGGAAUUAAUUCUGAACACAUGAAUUGACACACUUAAAAUCUUAAGUGGCAGCUGUUUUAAAAUCUUAAGUGGCAGCUGUUUUAAAAAGAAAAUCUUUGUAAAAUUAGCAAAUUUAUACAUAUUACAUAAGUAUGUAUGUUUUUUUUAAAACAGAGUUUUUUUUUUUAAAGUAAACAAAUUUACUUUAUCAAUUUGCCCCUGAAACUUGGCAUCUUUUAGCCUGCACAAGUGCAUCAAAAUCAGGCAUCAUGUCCUGAGUAGCAGCCAAUUUUAGAAUCUCAUUUAAGUGCUUAUGUGUGAGCUUUGAUCGCAGCUUAGUUUUAUUAAUAUUCAGUACGGCUUUGAUGCUAAUGCGAUUUCGCUAGCAAUUAGGUAGCUGGCUUUCACUGCAGCAUCACUGGCCUCUCGGCUCCGGGUGAAAACAGAUUGCUGUUUCCUCAGACCCACCAACAUUUCAUUUACCUUCUGUCUUCUCAGUUC